UUUGGGGUGGGAGGACAACAGCUAUUUUUGUUCUGGUGGCUCAGCCCACAGCCAAGCUAACAGCCAAGGAGGCUAAGCUAGCUACGUACAGUAUAAUCUCCCGAACAUAAUCACUGUUUUAUCUUUUGUUUUUCGUCCCAGUUGUAUUUAUUUUUCCCUUCCCUUAAGACCAGAGCUUGGCUUCCUAUCCGUUUGUUUCGCUGGAAUAAGAUGGUCGUUUUGACAAAUAACAAUGAGGAACAGGAUUAUAUCCUGAUAGAGGAGCGUAAAUGCACCUCCCUGCCAAGUUCUCCUGCCAAGCGAGUGUCUCCAAGCAAAAAGAAGCAGUUCUACAUCAACCAAGCCAUCCGCAACUCUGACCUCACACCGCGAGCCAAAGGCAAGAAGAGCCUCCGCCGACAAGAGAACACGCGCUUCCUUGCCAAUCUUCUUGAGAGGGAUGAGUGCUCCAAAGAUGAUCUGGAAGUUUGCAGUAAUCCGGCCAUCCCCUCCAUCUUCACUGAAGCCUGCACCAAUGGAAACUACAUAGAGCCGUGGAAUGACUUCAUGAACUGCUCCGGUGAGGAGCAGGAGAGGCUGUUGUCUCUGCUGGAGCAGGAGGAGGCCAAGAAGAAAAGCACCAGCAGGCUCCUCAAAGAUGAGAGGAAUGUAAACGUUGCCUUCACUGCUCAGGACUGCUUCCAGAGAAUCGAUCGCAGGCUGCGAGCAACUCUGAGACGGAAACAAAUCCCGCUGGGAACUCUGGAAGUACUUGAGGAAAACCUUCUGAGCUUCUUCAACGCUCAACCGCACUCAGUUUACACAACCAACCUCACCAGCAGCUUUGAGAGGCUGCUGCUUCAUGCCAUCUGCCAGUAUAUGGACCUCGUCUCUACAAGUAGCUGCCAGAACGGAUCACGUCAGACCGAAGUGGUGAACAAACAGGAAGAGUUUCUGCCUCCUAGACUUCCUCUGUCUGCCUAUGUGGAGCAGAUGAGCUGAGACCAGGACCACGUCCUGUUUCCUCCACACUGCUCCGCUGCAAGCAGGAGAGCUGUAGAUAAGGUGCGCGGUCCGUAUGUAAUGUCUGUAUAAAGUACGCCAAGUUUAGAAAACAAAGCUGAAAGAUUUCUGCGUUCUUUUCUCUGGUUGCUGCCUGUUUUCUGUAGUAAAUUUUUCAUUCAUUUCCAUCCAAACAUACCAAGCUACAGAUGUUACAUGUUAAAGGCACAAAAACACAAAUUUUAUAUUCCUACCUGCAGUGUUGUUUAUCCAUCUGGACCAUUAUGGUGUGAAUCGCCCGGUUUUAGAGAUGCCUGCCUUCUCUCAAAUAUAACGGAACUAGAUGGCACUUUGCUUUAUGGUGCUCAAAGAGCCAAAAAAAAAAGUUUGAAACACUCAACAACAUUACUUGAAAUAAUCCACAGUCCUUGUUGUGAGAACUUUCAUGCAGGAACUAUUUUAUUUCCAUGUCAUUACUCAGAAAGAAGCAUGCAUCUACUCAUGUAAGACGGAGGAGGACUCCAUUAAUGUUUACAUCAUUCCCCGUCGCCGCCACCAACACAAGCCUCUUGUCCAUUAGUAGAUACACAUUUCUUCCUGGGCGGUGGCAUUGUACAGUUUUGUAGAAAGAAAAUACUUUGGGAUAGUUCCUUUAAACAUUGGCAUGUAAGCAUGCUAACUGAAGACAUGUUGGCAAGCUUCGAGUGGCGUUCAGCUCAGUACACGAGUCUGAUGUGCACUUGAGACAGACAAAGUACAACUUAGCCCUGUGACUGUGCAGAGAAUAACACGACCUCUGCUGCGCUGUCCUCAGGCCACAUUUUACAUUUUCUGCCCCAGAAUAGCAAAGCAAUCAAAGCUGUUUUAGUUCAGCAUCAGGGAGCCAUACAGCAUUGGGAAUGAAAUGAAUUAUCUUUCCCAAGUGUUUAAUUAUUCCCAUUAAUCUACCAAUAUAAUGGAGAUAAUUGAUUCUUGUGGAGACUGUAGUAAUCUCAUGGCUCGAUUUGUGAUGUGGAAUCCACAGUAAGAAAUUCAUACGGCAUCAGUGCUGUCCCUUUUCACAGAGCAGAUGAUAGAAUUUCACAACUAAUUAGCGUUAUCAAACAUAAAAUACGCCUUUUAAUAAACUGAUGAAAAUUUAAAGUGAGUGAGGGUGAACCUACAUUUAAUAUUAACUUCAAUAAAAUGUUUUUAACAGUGAAUAAUAACAACAUUAAGGUAAAAAAAAUGAUGGAAAAUUUACUUGAACUGCUGAGAAUGAAAGGCAUUUUGGUAAAGGUGCUAAGAUGCAUCACAUCCUGUAGGAUUUGUGUCGGUUUUCAGGUAUGGAGCAUGAAUAUUAAUAGUUCCUCUUCACUAAAUGCACAAGCACGUAACUCAUCAUUGCAGUUAAAGAAGCAAAUGUCUUUAUCAAGGGUGUGGAAUAACAGCUUCUGAAGCGCUUGGGAUGUAAAGUAAUUCUUUAUUAAUUCAUCUCUGUGUUAUGUAUAAGAAGAAAACUUCUUUAGGCACAGUUUCUUAAGGAUCUACUUUUAGGGUUUGUUUGUUUUUUCUCUGCUAGCUUAGUCAGGCCCUGUCACCUCGUCUGCACCAGCCAUGUUUCAGCUGCACUUCUCAGUAAUGAUCUGCAGGGGUUGUGCUUACAUUUUAACCAACUGAACUGUCUGAAACGAUCACGUAAUCACUACAAAUGACUGACGAGUGCAAACGUUGUUACAGCUGUGACUUGAACCAUUUCUGAUGCCUUUUAUCAUGCCAGUUUUUUCGACUUACACGCUAAAGUUCACGAUUGCAUGGCUGAUCCAGUGCAGAUAGUUAGAGACGAGUGCAGCUGCUGACGUGCUGCCUUCACUGCACACUGGUGUAGACAAAGUGUAAAAUAUUACUGCAGUCAUUGUCAAUAAUUCAAUUAACGAGGAACUUUAAUACAGUUAAAAGCUGUUACUCUUUCUGUUCUUUAAGCUUUAUUAGUGGAUUUCACUUGGUUUACACACAACUCUGAUGUUUAAAGCCUCUUUUUCACAUACAAAGGUGAUAUGAAUGAAAUGAAAGGUAUACUGUAGAUACAGUAGAUGUGUAACAGCGGUAGAAAAAUUACCACAUUUACAGUGUUUUGAUGGUAAAAACCUGCUGAGGUUCGACUCUCAGGUGUGUUUCAUCUCAACAUUUUUAUUUGAAACCCCAGAAAAGCACUUCUGCCUUAUGAAUACAAGUUUCUACGUUUUUUUGUACAUAUAUUUCUACAUUUGUACUUGACUGGACUUUGGAAACAGGAUGUUAAAAACAUAAAAGUUGUCCACGCUUUCUUUUUAUACUGUCUUUGGCAGUGUACUGUAACAAAACUUGACCUGUUGGUGCAACAACCAAAGUUUGGCUGUUUGUUUUGUGCUAAUCCAGUUUCUCAGGCUAUUAACUUCUCACUCUGAAUGUCACAUGUCAUUUUCUGUGUACUGUAUACUUUCUUUAAGAUGAACUUGUACGAUCCUGUUCAGCCCAGCACCUUGGGGUGCUUUCAACUUUUCAAAUAAUGUAGAAGUAGUUGUGCUGUAAAUAAGGAACUCGGAUAAUUAAUGUGUGCCAUCACUUGGAUUGGAAAAGCCUAUAAUAAUCUGAAAGCUUUAUAAACUAAAGUGAAACGUCUUUGUGUAUAUAAUGCUAUGUGUGCGUGUGCUAUGGUACCUAUUUAUAAUUAUCACUGCAACUAUUAAAGGAAUUAAGAUAU